ACACGACCGUUUACUUCCUUUUCCGGCUGCCUUGUGACCUGGUCACGUGACACGUGCUACCGCUUUCGAAGUCUUCUGUCUAAGUUGUGACAAGUUUAUAUCUGCGACAUAUUGUGAUAUAUUUUUGCUUUUAAACUCACAGCUGGCAUGGCCGAACUAAGUUUUGUGAUUUCCAUGUCUGUCAUGACCUUAUUUUGGGGCAUUGUUGGAGGAGUGGUGCCCUGGUUUAUUCCCAAAGGACCAAAUAGAGGAGUUAUUAUCACAAUGCUGGUGAUGACUGCUGUUUGCUGCUACUUGUUCUGGUUGAUUGCUAUUCUGGCUCAGCUGAACCCACUGUUUGGACCAUCUCUGUCCACUGAUGCUAUCUGGUAUCUGAACUUUCACUGGCCUUAGUGAUUCAAUGCCUGCAGCUCUUCCGCAGAUGCUGCUACAAAACCGUGGAGCGUUUUCUCUUUACUUAAAGUUUUGGUCCACACUUGGAAAUCGCCUUAAUGUCACAUUCUUGUGUGCUUACAGAGUGUUUUUCACACUGGUGCCUUGAACAGAAUACCUACAGAAUACCAGAAUACUUCCUUAAUUCCUUCUUGCUGAGUGUGCUAAAAUGUAAAAAUGAAACAAACAAACAAAAAAACUAAAUUUAGUGUUUAGUUUAUGUACAGUGUUGUUAAGUGUUGUUUAUAUUAAUUAUCAUGCUAUUAAAUAUACCUAUGUUGUGCCUCA